AUGGGAACACCAGAAACGAGACAGCGGGCAAAUAUCCUGAUAACUGGAUCACCAGGUACUGGAAAGACGACGUUAGGUCAAAUGCUGGCCGAGCGACUCGGUUUCGAUUUCAUUGAAUGCGGUAAGGAAGUACGAGAACAUGAACUCUAUUCUGGUUAUGACGAUGAACUGAAGUGCCAUAUCCUCGAUGAGGAUAAACUUCUUGAUCAUAUAGAAGAUAGAUUGAAUGACGACCGAGGUGGAUGUAUUGUUGACUAUCACGGUUGUGAUUUCUUUCCCGAAAGGUGGUUUGACAUCGUUGUCGUGUUGAGAUGCAAUAAUACAAUUUUAUACGACCGAUUGGCAGCCAGAGGUUACAGUGACAAAAAAAUACGAGAGAAUGUCGAAUGUGAAAUUUUUGGAUCUUUGCUUGAUGAGGCGCGUGAUGCGUAUAAAGUUAGACUUUAUCCUUAUCUAUUUCUUAUUUUCAGCGUGAUGUUCACGUUGAUAAUGCUCAUUUUAAAGGAGGAAUUGAUCCAUGAAUUACCGAGUGAAACGUCAUCGCAAAUGAAUGAGAAUGUGGAGCGAAUCGCGGAAUUGGCUUUAUCGUUUAAAGCAAAAUCAAUUCUCGUGGCGUGUGAAUACAUUUCAACGUUGUUUUUCUUCGAUGUUUCAUUACCUCACAUCAGUUUGCAGUUUUUAAAAAUGUGUAAAAUGUGGGAAAAGAUACGGUAUGGUGUUCGAUGGAAGCCUUCAGAGCGAUUAGCAUUAGCGAAUAGAGGUUUGGAUCUGAGGAACGUGAAAUCAAUAAGUAUUUCGAUGGAUCCGUUUUAUCGAGGAUAUAAUGGUCACAAAAUUGUUUUCAAAACAGAUGGAAUGCAGUCAUUUGACGUUGUAAUGCAAUUUAAUCGACUUCUUGGUAACAAAGAAUUUGGCAAAGCUGGUGUUAGACGACAGGAUUCAUCCAAAUGA